AUGAGUUGGUACAUUGAAAAUAACCAUCCCGAUAAUGGGAAGUAUGUGACAUUUCCCGAGUCGGAGGAUAGGAUAAUCCAACGUCCAAAUACGUCUGAUCUCGAUCCUUAUACUUGUUAUGAAGUAUUUAAAAUGCACUGGAGACAGGUACAGAGUAUAAUCUACAGACAGAACACUACAAGUGGCUUAUUUUACCGGCCACAACUAACUGCUGAUGAAGUUCAAACGGUUGUCAACUAUGUUGACCAGAUGAUGGCAUUGCUGAUAGCCGAAAAGGCAGGGAAUGCCAAAAUGGGUCCGAUCUUAGAAGCCAUGCUCACUGAAAAUGUCAUGGAGAAGCUGUUUCUCUGGAGUAGCCGCAGCGGUCAGUUUGUGGAAGAGCUCAAAUUUGAACUUUUGAAAAUCUAUGAGAUGAUUAUUGGACAGUCACGACAGCGCAUGUUGACGCAUCAAGCAAUACUGAACCCUUUGUUGAGGCUACUAUUGGCUGCCUCUGAUUUCUGUUCCCAGCAGGUGGAAUCGCACCUAAUACUGUUGCUAAACCAGCUCUGUGUCUGUUUAACACAGGACCCAUCUUUGCUAGAUUUUUUGUUUCAUGCUAGCCCGGACGUUGGACCUGCGAAGUUCCUGAUUUUUUCCUUACUGAUACCCUAUCUACACAGAGACGGUCCAAUAGGUCAACAAGCCCGAGAUGCAUUGUUAUUGUGUAUGUCAGUUUCUUCUGGUAACGAAUUGGUUGGAAGCUAUAUUGCCGAAAGCACAAAUUUUUGUCCGGUGCUGGCUACUGGACUCAGUGGGCUUUAUUCGGCAUUACCACACAAUAUCCCGCACUCGCAUAAGUUGACGAGAGAUGACGCGAAUCAUAUCACAUCGUUAGCUGCGUUCCUCAACUCUCUAGAUUUCUGUAAUGCUGUCGUACAGGUUGCCCAUCCUCGUGUAUGCCGACAACUCGUAGACUAUGUCUAUGAUGGUUUUCUGCUGCCUGUGAUGGCGCCUGCCCUGCACCAGAAUGUACAAGAGGAAGUGAUAGCAGCGACGACGUACCUCGAUUUAUUUAUUCGCUGCACUACCGAGCCAUUGAUGAUGCGGGCAUUCCUACGUUUCAUCUGUAAAGGACACCACGAAGGCUCGUAUAUACUAGACACACUGAUAAGCAGAAUACACAGUGAGACUAGGUUAUGUACAGUGACUUUAUCUCUGUUUUAUACUUUGCUGAAUUUGAACUGUGAGGAUGUAGUUUUGCAUUUAGUUUUAAAAAAACAUUCCAGUUUAUUAUCAACGACAUCAACGAUGGUGUCUCGCACAUCUCAUGACGAGUACAGUAACUCUUUCGUUGCUGACAACACGGAGGAAAAUUAUUUUCAUUACUUGAUAGAUAGUAGGAAAACUGUGGAGGACUGCUACAGAUCUUGUCUAUGCUGGUCAAAUACUUACGACGGUAGAAGACGACUUGACAGUGGGACUAUGUCCAGCCAGUCUUCUGAGUCAGAGUUUGAGUGGUGGCAGGACGCGGACGAAGAUUCAAACAGCGUUGAUAAUUUUGAAGAUGACCUCUCGCCAAGGGAGUCCCAUUCCAGUGAAUCUAGCGAUGAUGCAUUCUCAGACAUGGGAAAGUUUCUUAAAACUAUGUUUGGGGAGGACGUGGACAAUAAUGACGAGGAAGAGGAGAGCGAAUUUACCAUCACUUACUUAGAGGAGUGGUUCGAUAACUUAUACAGUCGGAAGGAGUUCCUCCGGCAACAUUCCUGGAGUUCCAGUGUCGGCUUGACCUCACAGUCCAUGGAUAACUAUGACGAAGAUAACGAAUGGAUCAUGGACAGAUGGAGUCAACGACCAGCGCUGGAUAGCGUUACAACAAUGGAUGAGGAAUCUGUUGAACAAAACAGUAUUAAUAAUGAGGAGAGCGAAAAAAAGAUCAUCAAUGCGAACACUGAUGAACUGUAUGAUUUCUGGGAACUGGACGCGCAUCUUUUACCACCAGCAUCGCUGAGGAAUCAUGAUUUUGAUGAUUUCGCUGAUACGAAUCAAAGUGAUCAUCCGUCAUCAGUUACAGGCCCCUUUAUAUCAGCCCUGUUUGCAAGACUUGAACACAUGAUUGAAAACCCUGUUGAAGUUAAUCUGUUGUUAACGGCCGUAAUCAGUCGACUUGGAUCAUAUCCGCAGAUUUUAUUGUCGUCUUUUCUGCUGAACACAGAGUUGGUGUUUCAACCGAGUGUACGGUCACUUUUACAGGUUUUAAUAUCCGUGAAAAGCAAUAUAGAGAUGUAUGCAUACAGAACUGAUACCUUCAGCAGCCUGGUGAGCCAAGCUAGAUUAACUCUUACACAUGGAGAUCAACCUGUCAAUGGAGAGAAAACACGGGGUAGAACUCUAAGUAAGAUUGAUGUCGACAGUAACGCUAGGCCGAAAGCUCCCAAGAAGAGUGGAAUCAGUGACUUCUUCUUGCGACGGGGGAGCGGGCGUCGACAGAAGUCAAUUAAGGCCAAAGAGAAACAAAAGCUACAUGCAAUCCAAGGCUGUGGCGAUAACAUGCAGACAAAGUACAGAGAAGUGGCCAAUGCUGCAAUAAUAUUUGAAGAAUUUCUAAAAGAACUGGCGGCCAUAUCGCAAGAACAUGCUGUGUUACAAGGGGAGAAUUUACAAUUCAAAAUCGAUGAAAUAUUACCAUUGAGAGUGUACGCAACCGUUGCACACCUUUAGCAGAAGCAGGAGGAUUUAUGGAGUCAAUGUGAAGCUACUUACAAGAUUGUUCCUGAUUGGCUACCUAUUCCUUGCUUCUAACAUUCGGACCAAUCAGAGAGUAGCUUGUUUGUUGACAGGUUUUUUUUCAACGAAUUAAAUUCUGUCUUUUAUAUAUGCUUUGACUCAACUGUGUAAUGGUGCUAUUGUUCAUAUGACAAUAAUGCUGUCUGCCCCAGGAUAUGCUUCACUUGGUGUUUCCUCUGCUUGUCAAUCCACAAUCUGCUUUGCAUUAUUUUUACCUGAUAUUUUUGUAUUAAAUUAUAUAGAAGUUAUUACUGUAUAGACAUAAUUGAGAAUUGUAAAAUAAUUGAGAAAAAUGUACACCUGUAAGUCUAAUAACUGUAACUUGAACACUAUCAGGGGAAAAAGUAUAGGUACUAAGUAAAACUACAAGGUGCAGGCUGGGUGCAAGAUAACACUAAGGGGGCAGGUUGGGUACAGGGUAAGGUACAGGCUUGAUGCAAAAGAUUGCAUUCAAGUAAAAUAAUCAAAAGGUGCUGACUAGGUAUGAUGUAGUUCUGUUAUGGUGCAGGGGAGAUAGGUAAAAACUUUCAAAUUAUUAGCCUUACAUGCUGCAUGCUGGGUAAUAUAAUAAGCUAGGUAAAAGGUAAUGUUUUGAAGUAGACUAGAUACAGAGUACACUAUUCAGGUUCACCAUUAGACUCCAUCACUGCAGUGUAGGUUUAUGCAUACAGUAUUUGCUCUUUUUAUGAUAGAGUCAAUGACUUGACCUGAAUGCUUUGUGUUCAAACUUUAUAACAUAAAAUAUGCACUUGUAUUGCAGAUGCACUUCUAAUAGGGCAAAUAUGGUAUUAUUAGUUUUGUUUGAAUUAUCUGUGUCUACUAUGACUUGCCUGCUACCUACCGUGGGGCAGCAGGUCUGAAUGUUAU